ACACCAGAACCACAGAGCAGAUGUUGAGAGGAGGCACCUGCCCUCCUUACAGCAUGUGUUAAAUAUGUGUUAAAUAUGUAAACAUGUCUUGUUUUUUUAAAUAAUAUUCUCUAAACGCGUUUUAUAUAAACUCUUGAUUCAUGCCGCGUUCACGGACAGUUGUAACAAAACGUGAAUCGUCCUUUUUGAUCAUCCUGGAGUGAUCCCACCUCACCUCCAUACACAUCAUCGAUUAUCGGUAACAACAGCCCGCCUCUGUGCGAUGCCUCCCGGGGUGGUGACCGCGCCACGGAGCUCAUCCUCCGGCUGCUUCUGCGCCUGCUGCGGGGAGCAGAUGAGACCCCAUCUCCCCGAGAACUCUGUGAUACCUCAGGGGGGGAUUUAUGAACUCAUCAGUGAAAGUUUCCUGACUGUGAAAGGAGCGGCUCUCUUCCUACCUCGAGGAAAUGGCUCCUCCACAUCUUCUGCCUCUCGUUUCUCACAGCUGCGCAGCAAACAUGCAGGAGACAUCCAGCAGCAUCUUCAAACCAUGUUUACCCUCCUCAGACCGGAGGACAACAUCAAACUGGCGGUUCGUUUGGAGAGUGUUCACGCUCAGAUCACCCGCUACAUGGUGGUGGUCUCAACCAAUGGUCGCCAGGACACGGAGGAGAGCGUGGUGCUCGGGAUGGAUUUCAGUCCUGUAGAUAGCUCGUGUUCUGUGGGGAUGGUUUUGCCUUUAUGGUGUGACACAUUAAUCCACCUGGAUGGAGAUGGCGGUUUCAGCGUGUCGACUGAUACCAAGGUGCACGUCUUCAAGCCUGUCUCUGUGCAGGCCAUGUGGUCGGCCCUGCAGUCCCUCCAUAAAGCAUGCGAGGUGGCUCGUUGUCACAACUACUUCCCGGGCAGCUUGUUCCUCACCUGGGUCAGCUACUAUCAGAGCAGGGUGUCCUCUGACCAGGUACGCAUCAAUGAGUGGAACGCCAUGCAGGAUGUGCAGUCACACCGUGCUGAUUCGCCCGUGCUCUUCUCUGACAUACCUACAGAGAGAGAGCUGACUGAGAGACAGAUCAAAUCCAGCCUGAGGGAGAUCAUGAUGCAGAAAGACCUUGAGAAUGUGACCUGCAAAGAGAUCCGAACAGAACUGGAAAUGCACAUGACCUGCAACCUGCGUGAGUUCAAGGAGUUCAUCGACAACGAGAUGAUUGUCAUCCUGGGCCAAAUGGACAGUCCAACAGAGAUCUUUGAUCACGUCUUCUUGGGAUCUGAGUGGAAUGCAUCCAAUUUGGAGGAGUUGCAGAAGAGCGGGGUUCGGUACAUCCUGAAUGUAACGAGGGAGAUUGAUAACUUCUUCCCUGGUGUGUUUGAGUACCACAACAUCCGUGUGUAUGAUGAGGAGGCCACGGACCUGCUUGCUUAUUGGAACGACACCUAUAAGUUUAUAACUAGAGCCAAGAAAGCCGGAUCAAAGUGCCUGGUGCACUGUAAAAUGGGUAUAAGUCGCUCUGCUGCCACUGUGAUCGCGUACGCCAUGAAGGAGCACGGCUGGGAUCUGAAGAAAGCUUUUGAUUACGUCAAGGAGCGUCGAACUGUGACCAAACCCAACCCUUCCUUCAUGAGACAGCUGGAGGAGUAUCAAGGCAUCCUGCUGGCCAGCAAGCAGAGGCACAACAAACUCUGGCGUUCCCACUCCGACAGCGACCUGUCUGAAGCCCACGAGCCGCUGUCCAAAACUCACGCCCAACCGCACAGCCUGGGUCACUCCGACCCCCGUAACCAGUCCAGCAGCACGCCCAGUCCCUCUGUGAAAGAAUUGCUGGAAUCACUUGGGACUUCAGCCAGCACAGUCAAAGCAGCACACUCCACCAGCCAGCCUGAUACCGGUGUCCAGUCCAGCAAGCUCAGCUCCUCCGCCCCUGGGAGGGUGGGGACAUCAAGCCUCGACUCCUCAUCUCACUCCGCUGCAGUCCAGACCAGCCAGUCGUCCCCUCCUCCUGGGUCCGAAGCUGGCUCUGUGUCUCCACCGUCUCCCCACCUCUCCAACGGGGUAUGUGACUCUGAGAAGCAGCCCUCGUCGCCGCCCCUCUCCCAGCCGAGGGCGGCCACUGUGGUGCCCGAACUUCAAAAAACAGACCUGGCGACUGUUGCUCAGAGCGUGUUAGUGGGCCAGCCUCACCCACCUCCAUCCUUUCACCACCUCCCCCUCUCCCCCGCUCCGUCCCCUUCUCCAGCCUGCACGGACGAUGUUAUCAAACCACAGGUGGUGUCCUGCGAUCUGCCUGUGAUAAAACCGUUACUAGUGUCAGUGCCUGAGCCCGAGACAACACAAGCACCAAGCACACAACAGGCAGGACCCCAGAGUCCGUCUGAACCAGUGCCUGUCAAAAAAACAGACUCUGACCAACAGAUGUGUUUGCCGGCCCACUCUCUCUCCACUUCUGAUCUUAUCAGCUGCCCCAGUGCCAUUCCACAGGACAACGGGAUGUUGUUCGGACACAGUGCAGACCACAUUAACUUUUUCAGUGCCAGGGAAAAGUUCAAAGGAAUGAGUCAGGAUGGUAAAAGUCACUGUGCUGCUGUACAGCAGUCGCCUCAGCCCAAGAGCUGUGGAAAGGAACAGCAACCACUGCCUCAGGAGGUCUCAGCUGGUGAGGGGAAAGAGGAAGUCAAACACAAGGAAAUGAUGGAACCUGUGCCGGUCACAGGACUGAAGCCUGCAGUGCACACAGAGACCUCACCUCUCGAGUCUCCUAGCCAACCAGAGCCUCAGGGCCCCGAGGACCAGGAAGAAGUGAGGAAGUCAAUGCAGGAAGCAAAGGAUGAAGAUGUUGUAUCAAAGAAGGAAGCAGAGAGUGCUAAAGAGGAAGUGACGAACAAAGAAGAGGAGGACGCGGCUUCUGCUGGUCUCUACAGCGACUGGACCAGGGGGUCCGUGCGGCGUGUCACCAAACAGCUGGAACAACGAAUGAAACAGGAGCAUGAAACUACGUCACCCUCCUCAUCUCCACCGUCCCUCUCAGGCAGCUCCUCCUCCUCCUCCUCUCAGCGACUUCCACCUAGCGGCCAUCUUGAAACAAUGGCUUCUACCCAGGAUGCAUCAGUUUGCUCACAGGAGUCUUGCAGCGUGCAGGAGGAGCAGGAAGAGGAGGAAGAGGAGGAUAUGGCAGACGGAGCUGUUAAAGGAGACGGAGGGGAUUUAGUUGAGGAUCCAGGAAAUUCGUUCAGAAGCACAAAAGGACAAAAACACCAGCCUGCUGAAACUAGAAAGCUCUCUACCUCGUCUUUCCACCGCUCCGCCCACUCUCCCUUUGCCUCGGUGAACUUCCUGUGUUUGGAGGGCGUGACGGGGCUGGAGUCGGACACAGAUUGGGACUUCUCCGCGGACGGACCUCAGAGCGACAUCAUCAUGAGGGAGACAUGGGAGACACUGUGCGAGCUGGGUGCCUUCCUGCAGCAGGUGAGCAUGGGCGGAGCCUGCUGCGUGGACCAGGUCUUUAACCUCAGCUGCAGAACCACUCAGAAGCGAGUGAGCAGCGUCCAGAAGAGGGUCCGAGAAGUGGAGGCCAGGAUCCGCCAGGCCGGACUGACCCCCCCUUCCAUGAUGAAGCGCUCCGCCUCUUUGGCCAAACUGGGCUGCCUGGAGCUGCUCGCCAACGACCUGAGCGAGUGGGAGUUCAACCGCAUGUCUGUAGCCCCGUUCACCGCAGAACCUCAGACGCACGCAGUGAGCGACGAGCCCAAGAAACAGAGAGUCCACAGCUCUCCCUCCUCAGUCUGCCAGCAGCAAGAAGUCGUCAUGAUCAGCGGCGAGAGGCUUUCUGACACAGGAAGCGCCUCUCCACCUUCUCCACCUCCACCCUCAAUCCCACAGGGACUCCCUAACUCUGGCAUAGACGCCCUGCCUUCACCUGCGCCAACACUAAUGACGACAAGGCAGCAGUACGGAAGGACUCACCCUCUGAGGCGGCUUAAGAAAAGAACUACUAGCACCCUUUACCACACCAUGUAACCCUCGCCGUGUGUGCGUGUGUGUGUGUAAGAGUGAGAGAGAGAGAUCAUGUACACGUGUGAGAAUCAGAAAUCAAGUGCAUAUGUUUGAUUUAUUCAGCAAAACAAACCGAUGCCUCUUGCCUUAAAGGAUCGAAGUCCUUUCUAUCUGUACAUUCUUUCCCCCUGCAGAUCUGCGGUAUGAGUGUGUGUGUGACAAAGGCUAUGAUGGCUGUGUUCAAGUCAAAUAGGAAGAAAUAACUGUUUCAGGAAGCAGCAAAAACAAUCAUUCCAAUGAAAAUAGGUAACUUUGUUCGGACGCUGACACCCUGAGCCUGCACAUAUCCACUCUCUGAAUCACGGCUGGUUUCUCCUUCAUCAAACUUGAUAAGAUUUACUUGAUCUCUGUUUGUCGGCUGAUUUGUCCACCCUUGUUUUCGGUGGACUACAGCCUCUGUUUUCCUCUUCUUGUCUUCUCAUGUCUCAUCAUCACUCCUUGAUAGUUGUGCUGGGUCACUACUGAAAAAUCUGCUUUCCUUCUGGUACAAUCUGAUGAGUGAAUCAACUCAGCACUCAGACAUCUCAAACCCUGUACAUACAGUUGAACUGACAUGACACGCAGAUAUAAAGCUGGUUUUAAUCAUUGGUUGUGCUAGCAGCAGUGCAUCUUAACACAAAAGAGCUAAGCUAACACCACAGCCACACCGGAUGAGUUUUCUCCAUCCUCUAGACAGUGACAGGAAUAUUAAAGUGAGAGUGCUUUCAUAGCUGUACAGAACUUCAUUGAAUCAAAUGCAACAAGAAGAGGCCUGCUGUUGUUGUUGUUUUUUUUUGUAACGUUUGUUUUGACUGCACAAUACCUCAGUACGUCUGAACCAAAUCUGACCUGCACAAAUGUCAAACUCUGGACUCCUGGAAUGUCAGUCGCAAACAAUUUCAGCUUCACUGUCGACAACUUAAAACUGACUGAUCUCUCUUCUUCGUCGUGCUCUCAGUUUCGGAUGCGCUCAAACUGGAUGUUUUCUGUAUGUAGUUCAGUGUGGGAGGAAAGGCGGGGUUGGUUGGGGGGAGGGGGGGUUGGAUCUGAAAGCAGAGUGUAUAUUUGUGAGUUUCUGCUUCUUUUUUUUUUCUUUGGGAUGUAAAGGUCUAUAUUGUGAGUGUCGAAAUUUUAGCAGCUGUACAUGUUUUUGUAUCUGGUUUGUGUCCAUGUGUGAGUGUGAUGGAGUAGCACAACUUUACAGUGGGGGUGUCCACUUUUUUAUUUUGAUUUUAAGUAUCUCUUUUUGUACACAUUUUUAGGAGUGUGCCUGUGACUGGCAAAUGGAGCUUCUCUGCAGUCUAUCAGAAAUGUCUGUACAGGGAGGUCUGUCAUACAUGCACUUUACUCCCUUUUUAAUUUUAAUGUGGCUUUUUUUUUUUUUUUUUUUUUAAGUGUAUGGUUGCUACUUUUGGGGAGCAUGCAUGGGUUGUAGCAGCUGUUGGGUAUGUGUGUGUGUUGUCAAAACCUGAUUUUAUUUUGUCUUAUUUUAAAAAUCAGUGUAAAUAGUCCUUUUUUUUCUAUCAUGUGCUUCAACUGUGACCAUUAAACAAUGGCAACUGAAGAA